GUUUUUCAUUGCAAUGAAGAGAACGUGACUGGUCUGUGUGUCUGUCUGUCAUCUCUGAUCGUGGACCAAGGCAGGCCAUGUACACGAAAGGGGCGGCAGUAAGUGAACUCGUGCCGUCCAUCUAAUCAAUCACAUCCAUCCAAUUUGCUGUGCAUGCAAUGAGCUGCAACAAGCUGCAAGCUAUCUCUCUGCUGGCUGGCUGGGCCGCUGCCCGCGGCGGAUAUAUGCCACAUAUGCACAUUGAGCCCACGAGCCGAGUGUAUUGGUGUAUGGUGUCUUUGGGGGUGUGGUGUGUUGGAGGGGCCGCAUCAGUCGACACAUACUGCAACAUCCAUCCAUCCAUCCAUCUCGUUGCCUCGACAGACAGCCUGACCCGGCCAACGGCCACACACAGCCUGACCCAACGGCCACACACAGACACCAACACACACCAUGAGGCCGGACGGUGGAUGCAUUGCUCUGCCUUUUCCCGCCUCACACUCUAGGAACGACGCGUUGCAGUUACUUCAACUGAACCCCAUUGACUGCGUGUGCCGAUGGUGAAGUUGUCACUGACCUCUGUCCGAACGGCCUCACGAACGGCGUCACGAACGGCCUCGCUGCCAUGCACGGUCAGCGUCAAACUCCGCAGGCUCCGCACGCCGCCGACGAUGGACGAGAUGCCGCCGCGGAUGAGCUCGGCAGCAGCAGAGGCCCCCAAGCCGUCGGGCACUGAGGAAUAAGACAGACACGGGAGCAAUGCACGCACACAAGAUGAUCCGCCAGAAUCGUCUGUUCCGGUGCGGUGCAUACCUGACAAAUGCAUGCCUAUGCGGCCAAUCGACGGGAAGCCGUCCGACCUCCAGCCGUCCAAUGCACCCCCAGUGAGACUGACCUCAUCAACAUUGACACUGCCCACCUCCGUCCCCGCCCCGAGGCCCUCCAACACGCCUAUCAUGCCCCCUGAACUCACACCUCGGCCAAUCCACACCCACUCGACCAUCCUGGGCAUCUUCUCUGCCAGCAGCCGACCUGAAGAAUCGCCAAGAGCACUGCAGAUGUACAGCUCAGUGCCCGUUAGGAACUGCUGCAGGUGGUUGAUGAUGGUGGGCUGCGGUGAAGGGGCGCCGGGAGGGGGGUCGAAACCAUGGGCGUUGCGGACAAUCACGCGCUCGGCCUUGUCGAAUGUGAGUGUCUUGGCGAUGUCGAUGGCCGCCUGGCUGGGGCUGUCGACGGGGUGGGUGAGGUCAUGCUGGCUGAUGACGUAGUUGAUCUGUGUGGCCUCCCUUGCGGCCGCCUGGAUGGCCAUCAUGAAGAAGGGGGAGGGGUGGGAGGGGAUCGCGUCGCUGUAGAAGAGGGACAGGUCGAAGCGGUGCAGCCUCGAAAUCACGGGGUGCGGUGUCGACGUCACAGUGAUGCGCGCGUCGGGCGUGCAGCAUUCCUUGACGAGGCUGUCGACUGCGACCAGGGAGUCGAUGGCCGUGUGGCCGUAGAGCGGUGGGAUCUGCACGUGCAGCUCUUUCAGCGACUUGCGGCAGCCGCGAGAUGUGAGCACAUCCUACAAGACAAACAACACAAGACAUGAAAUGCGUACCCACAGGCACGUGUGCGGCCUCUCUUGUGUGUGAUGGCUGCCUACCUUUAGCCGCUCAACUCCCGCCUGGUACCGCUGGUGUGUCUGUCCAUCCCGAUGCUCAAUCAUUCCGAUGCUCUGCAGCUGCCGGAGCGGCCCCGGCUGCCCAGCCGCUGCCUUGGGGAUGUGCUCGAGCACCGCCGCCCACUGCUUACCCCACAGCUGGCCGCCCACGCGCUGCAGACACCGUGACGAGCUAAUGAAGCUGCCCAGCUCAUCCGGCCCCCACCCUGUCUGCUCCACUGUUUCGAGUGACGGCAUCCGCCACCCUCUGUUGGCCAGGUCAGAGUGAUGGCGGACGGCUCCUGUGACGGCCUUGAGUGAGGGGAGGGUGGGGGGCUCGGUGAGUAGAGGAGGGGUAGGGGGACGCUGUCGCUUCUCUGCCCUGCGGCUGAUGCUGGUGUUGCCGGUGCUGCCGGUGCUGAAGGUGAUGGUCUCGAGCGAACCCUCCGACUUGUGUUGUCGCCCAGCCGCAUGACCCUCCACAACGGCCAUCAUGUUGUCCAGGCACGACACAUCACCCUUGAGUGUGAUCAGAUUGACGAGCCGUCUGCCUAACUUCAAUGCCGCCUCGCUUGCCGUCUGGCUCCAAAAUCGACGGUCUGCAUCGGUGGCGGCGUCUAUGGUGGCGUGUGUGUGCUGGUGGACGGCUCCGUUGCGGAUGGGGGAGCGGUGCGGGAAGAUGGCCGACAGCUCGCGGGGGGUCAUGAAGCCAAAGAGUGACACCUGGUGGUCAUCGGCAAAACCAUCAGGGGCCUGAAAGAGGGAGAGGGGGGCAUAAAAGUGGGCGGGCUGGGCUGCGUGUAGUGCUCACCUUGUGUGUCUUUGGUUUCUUGUUUGGAGGCGUCGUGGUGUCACGUGAGGGGGGCAGACCGGUGAGGAAGUCGGGGAACCAGCCCCAGGAGUCGGGUCGGUUGUCGAGGGUGUCGUCGGGCCGGACGAUCAGGCCAAGUGUCCAUCCCGAGCUGUGCCGCUCCUGGAUGCGGACCCUCGUUCCCUCGGCCAGCGAGAGCUGCUGCCCACCACCGCCCUCGGCGGUCCACUCCUCGGCUAUCGUCACCUCCACUGCCGGCACCAGCACCUCAAACCUCUCACGGCAACCGGCAACCUCCGUCAUGUGCACCUUGGUCCCUCUACUGGUCUCCUCCGGUCUGCGAUCGACGACAGCCGUCACCCACUUGUGCUUGCCCUCCCUCUUGGUCUUCGACACCAUCAGCACACGAGUGCCCUCUCGGUAGCGAGUGAAGGGUGGCAUCAGCUGGUGGGUGAGACGAUCAAGCAAACGAGUCGUCACGUACCCACAACACACCGUGAUGAUGCAUGUGCACUCGUGCCUUAUUGGCUCACCGGCAGAUGCGGCAGAUUGAAGUGGCAGGCAGAUGCUGACGAGACCGCCGCCAUGGCGCCAGGUCAGUCGAACAGACAAAUG